UUCCCACUUCAUUAUCAAAAUCAACAGGUUUUAGUGGGAACUGGAAUCUUUAUUUAACUUCCACAUAUUCACACCAGAUAAAUAUAACUUCGUCAUAUAUAUAUAUAUAUACACACACACAUAUUAAAAAUAAAUAAAAUUAUAAGCAUCUUUCUUGAUAGAUAUAUACAUGGGAAACAACAUAGGAGGAAGAAGAAAAAGAGCCAAGAUUAUGAAAAUUGAUGGUGAAAUUUUCAAGCUAAAAACACCAGCAGUAGCUUUGGAUGUGCUUAAAGACUAUCCAGGUUAUGUAUUACUGGAACAUGAAGAAGUGAAGAGGUUUGGAAUUCGGGCUCAGCCUUUAGAGCCUGGACAGGAGCUCAAGUCCAACAAGAUUUAUUUUCUUGUAGACCUGCCAAAGCUUCCAGGGGAAAAGGUGCCUAGAAGGACAAGAUCUGCUGUUGCUGUGAACGCCAAGGACAGGCUCGAAUGCCUCAAGUUAAAGCAAAGAUCUGCUUCUCUUCUUUCUGUCCCGAGUUCCAGUACGGGCCCUGUUAAGGUUAAGAUGAGGCUUCCAAGGAACCAGGUUGUAAAAUUGAUGGAGGAAAGCAGAGAUGAAGUUGAGAUGACGCAGAAAAUUCUUGAUCUUUGUUUUCAGAAUUCGGACAAAGAGAAGGCUCAGUUGAGGGCUGAGCUUCGGGCAAUUGAUUAGUGUCUUAUAUUUUUUUCUUUUCUUCUUUUUUCCUUUACUUUCACAGACAAUUAAGAAUUUGUGGAGGAUUGUGUAAGGUUUCAAAAAGUAAGCCAAAAAAGCUACUUGCAAAUUUUGAUCCAUCCAUUUACGCUGUAUGGUAGCAUGUUUUAAUAGUCUCUAUUUGGUAUUU